GCAAAGCCGACGCUCUUGGUCCUGGUUCUAUGACUGAAAGUCUGAAGACAUCACAUCGCAUUGUUUACGCCGUUUUCUUGUUUUGUGGAGCCCUUCGUGUCUAUCUAACGAUAAUCUAACCUUCAAAAGUCAAAACCCUCCCAGAACCUUUCCAACCCUCAAACCCCCAGUCCACUGUGUUGUGCCCUGGGUGUUUCUGGAUUAAUCUCAUCGUUGAACUUGGAAAUGUGAAAAAAAGGAUAUCGAUCUUCCUUAACCCCUUUCGUUCUAUGGUCAUCCUCGCAACCUCACUGAUUCAUUUUCAUGGAGCUGUAAGUGAUUCCGCUCUGUUCGUAGUUCGCAUGUGAAACCAUUUUUUUGUUAUUCCUUUUCUCCUAAUUGGUGUGAUUCUGCGAUGGCCGUCUCUGCUUUGGCAUUAAUUCCCACACUCCGUUUUACAAAAGCCCAGUACAGUAUUUUACCUCCUAAUCGCGGCUUCUUCAUAGUCAAUUCUCGACAAUGUGCUUUCAAAUCAAAAUCCUAUGUCACUUGUCGAGACUCUCACCAUUUGAAGCCUUGUCUUACGACUAAUAAUGACUCUGUAGUUACCAAAGUUAGAGCUUCUUUGGAUGAAUGCUUGAAUGAUGUUGACGAGCCUGAAAGGUUACUGCUUUCCGAGGAUAAGUCGAUUAAGUUCACUUUCUGGGUCCUCUUUUGGGCUUCUCUGUCCCUAGCUUGGUUUGCUUUUUCUAAAGAUGCUAAUGCUGCUGCUGACUCCAUUAAAGCCUCCAGCUUUGGCUUAAAGAUUGCGAAUGCGCUCAGGAAAUUGGGUUGGCCUGAUGAAUUUGUGGUAUUUAGCCUCGCAACGCUUCCUGUUCUGGAGCUUCGUGGGGCUAUUCCUGUUGGCUACUGGAUGCGACUCAAACCUGUGAUUUUAACUGUCUUAUCCAUUCUUGGGAAUAUGGUCCCUGUGCCCUUCAUUAUUCUCUACCUUAAAAGAUUAGCAUCUUUCCUCGCUGCAAGGAGCCCUACUGCAUCUCGAUUCUUGGACUUGCUAUUUAAGAAUGCAAAAGAGAAGGCUGGCCCUGUGGAGGAGUUUCAAUGGCUUGGUCUAAUGCUUUUUGUGGCUGUUCCUUUUCCAGGAACAGGGGCUUGGUCUGGAGCCAUUAUAGCAUCCAUUCUCGACAUGCCAUUUUGGUCUGCUGUAUCUGCAAAUUUCGUUGGGGUCGUAUUUGCUGGGCUGUUGGUGAAUUUGUUGGUGAAUCUUGGUCUCAAGUAUGCCAUCAUUACUGGUAUCGUCCUCUUCUUUGUUUCCACAUUCAUGUGGAGCGUCCUCAGAAGCUUUAAGAAAGCUUGAAAUCAUCAAAUUGACAUGAAAUAUUUGUCGCUGACCAAUGAAAAAGACAAUUCCUCAGUUGUUAAUGUGCAUUUUGCCAAAAAAAAAAAAAAAAAUUGUUAAUGUGCAUACUUGCUUAACUUAUGAAAUCUGCAAUAUUUCUUGUUCUGUAUUUUUCGAAAAUGAUGUUUCAGUAGCUUUAUGUUGAAGAGAGACCUGAUAUAUAAACUUGAGGAAGGAAGAGUAUUAUUUUUUUUCCUGCCAACAGAAACUCUACUCGUUAAGCUUGUAGAUUACUGGUUGAGUGAAGCCACAUUUUUUGAAGGUAGCAUAUAUUGAUUGCAUUUAUCUUGACAAUGGCAUUAUGUAAUCCAUAUCACUGACUCCACCUAAUAGGAUAAGGCUUGUUGUUGUUGUUGU